CUCAUUCACAUGCAAAGAAGACCGAGCGGCUGGGAGCAGCGAGCAGCCGCAGGGUGACGUCACAAAGGGACCCGGGGAACGUUGUCUAGUCACAUGGAGCGGGGGGAGAGGCAGGUGUGAGAGAUCGCCCUAUAAACACACACUGGGAGCCCACACUGUGCCCAUAGUCACACCAUGGAUCGGGGGGAGAGGCAGACAAGAAAACCACUGGUUGAGAAGAGGAGAAGGGCAAGGAUUAACGAGAGCCUGCAGGAGCUAAGGGGAAUCCUGGCUGACAAUGAGUUUCAGUCAAAGAUGGAGAACGCAGAAGUUUUAGAGCUCACUGUGAAGCGGGUACAAAGGAUUUUACAGAGCAGAUCAGCUGAGGCUGACCGGUUGCAGAGAGAGGCCAGCGAGCGUUUUGCUGCAGGCUACAUUCAGUGCAUGCAUGAGGUGCACACCUUUGUGUCUAGCUGUCCUGGCAUUGAUUCUGGCCUGGCUGCCGAGCUGCUCAAUCAUCUAUUGGAGUCUAUGCCUUUAAACGAGGGGAACAUACAGGAUCUGGUCCUUGAUGUGCUUCUGGAUUCUCCUGUCUCGGAUUCUUCCUGUGGCCUGGGAUUGUUGGGAUCUUCCUCCGAUGACAGCUGUUCUGAUGCAGAGGAAUCAGAUAUGGUCAAGGGAGGGACAGAGCCUGUAGAGGACAAUGAUAGGACCCCCGAGAUUCAGCCACCUCCUGCCCCUUCUAUGUGGAGACCAUGGUGAUCUAGACAAGAAUAUAUGUACAAUUGGGGACCUCUGCUGACCUGUACACCUAUGCCGUGUACCUUGGUCCCAGGACAGCCAGUGCAUGUCAUGUCUACACGUUUGGAUUUUCUACACUGUAACUUGUUACAGUACAAAGAACCACACAGCAUAACGGUUGUUUUUCAGCCAUCUAAAUGUCUUUGAAGUAAAGGUCAUUUCAUCUUGGACAAAGCCUUUCCUCAAUUGAGAUGGCAAGAUCACAGUAUGGAUUAAACUGCAGGAUAUACCCCUGUAAAGAUGCUCUGUAAUCAAACGUACUGUAUGUUCAACAUUUGUUAUACUGUGCAACAUGUUUAUAGUCAUUGUAUAGAUACUAUUCAUUAUACUGCGCAGCAAGUUCUUUAUAUAGGCACUAUCCCUUAACAUGAGGCUUUUGUUCAUGGAAGGCUCUAAAAGGUUUUACACUUUCAGUGGAAAUGUAGGAACGUCGUCUGCCUUUACUGGAGUCCAGUGUAGGAAAAAGGAAAAGUAUUGCCAUGAUGUCAGAUGGCAAGAGGUGGAUCCAAGAGGCUGGGCCAUUUUUAGUGGAUUUAACUAUAGGGCCUUCAUGCAUAUCGCUGAACGUGGAAAUCUUUUAAAUUGAAUGAAUAAAACACACUGGGGUUGAUUUACUAAAGCUGGAGAGUGCAAACUCAGGUUCACUUCUGCCUAGAACGCAAUCGGCUCCCAGGUUUUAUUGCCAGAGCUUAAUUGAACAAGCUGAGGUUAGAAGCUGAUUGGUUUCUAUGCAGACGUGAGUCUGAGUUUGCACACUCCGGCUUUAGUAAGUCAACCCCAGGGUACUCUAGAACAGAGGUGUAAGUCUGAAUGACUGAGCUUUGGAAUUUGUGCUGAAUCUUGGUGAGGGUUCAAGAAAGACACCUUGUGAUAAUUACAUACACCCACUCAUUAUAAUAGUAAGCAUGAAUUUAUUGUAAUCACUGGGCGUUGUUUUAAGAAAUGGUGCCUGUCACACUGUGUAUGAAGCAGAGUAGUCUGAUCUGACUCUCUUGGCUUAGAAGACCGUUUUCUUUGUACUGCUUUGUGAUGUACCCUGGGCCUGCGUCUGUCAUGUAGCCAUACACACCUGGUACAAGCAUACAGUGCCACAGCCUGCCCUCCCUAUGCCCAUGUCACUAUACACGUAUAUAUGAACAAGCUCAUCUCUUGAGUUUUGUUCCUCUAUUGUUUCACAAGACCUUAUGCAAAAUGCAAUCCUCCUUAACACAGAUCAGCUUUAGUAGAAUAAGACUGGUAUGUGAGUAAAAGGGACGGAGGAACCUAGUGAUUUUUUUUUUUUUUUUUGCUUGAUACAUAGUGCACAUGGCAAUAUUACAGCAUUAUAUUGUGUUACAGCAAUAUAUUGUGUUACAGCAUAAAAUAAAGUUGUUAAUCUAAUGAAGGAUUCUGUUAAAAUCAGCAUGAUCAUGAUAAGGGAAGUAGUUAAAACACCUGGUUUGAGAAAAGCUUUAUAUAGGGGAAAUGUAGGUAGUGUUUCCUCUGGCUGCACAUGCAUAGUGGUAGUGCAUUGAAUUCUCAUCCCUAGGGGGAAUGUCUAGAGUUAGGUAAAUUGAGGUUCUACCUUCAGUGAAGGAGACUAUAGAGGAUUGUUUGGAUACCGAUUUGAAGGGUGCUAUAGGAAACUUUCAGGAAUAUGUGUAUAUUAGAGCUGUAAUGUGUUGUGUGUGUCAUUUUUUUUGUUUAAUGUACAUAGAUGACUGUGUUAACACUUUUGGGAGCAGGUGCCUGAAUGUGUGUGAUGCACUUCAAGCAUACCUUGAGAAAUACAUGGUCUCCAUUAUGUGCACCCAUCUGGCGAGCACUUAUUCUUUAUAAACUUUUUAUCAUGGAUCUUACUGUCUCUUUUUAUACUAAAAUGUACUAGUGUGUGUACGUAGUGCUACUGUGCAUUAAUUUCCUAUAAAUAAAUUAAUGAUCUUUGAUGAAAAAGCAUGCAUUUCUUUUAUUUUUACACAAUAAAUUGCACAUCGAACAUCUGAUCUGCGAUAACUACAUUUGAUGGAUUUGGCAACUGUGUACAAGAGUAGGUCAUCCACAUUGGUCCCAAUAAAAUGAGUAUAUUCUUUACUUACUUGAUAACCAGCUGUUAUAAAUGUUUGUGCCACAAGUAAACAGUACGAUCUAUGUGAUCUUAAAAAGUAACUCCACUUUUGUGGGGGGGGGGGGG